CUGCCUCCGCUUCCGGCCGCCGCCGCCAUGCCGAUGAAGGGCCGCUUCGCGGUGCGCCGGACCCUGCAGUACCUCAGCCAGGGCGACGUCGUGUUCAAGAGCUCGGUAAAGGUGAUGACCGUGAACUACAACACGGCUGGAGAACUGAGCGAAGGCGCAAGAAAGUUCGUGUUUUUCAACAUCCCCCAGAUCCAGUACAAGAACCCCUGGGUGCAGAUCAUGCUGUUCAGGAACAUGACUCCCUCGCCCUUUCUCCGGUUCUACCUGGACAGUGGAGAACAAGUUUUGGUAGACGUGGAAGAUAAAACCAACAAAGAGAUAACAGAGCACAUUAAAAAAAUCCUGGGGAAAAGCAAAGAAAUGCUUGAAAAAGAAGAAAGAGAAAGGAAAAAACUAUCACAUCCAGCAACCUUUGGGCCCAAGAAGUAUCAUCUGCGAGAAUGCAUGUGUGAGAUUGAAGGCCAAGUUCCCUGUCCUGCUUUUGUACCAUUGCCCAAAGAGAUGAGGGGAAAAUACAAAGCUGCCAUGAAAAAUGAGGCAUGAGCCUGAUUUUCAAGAUCUCAAGUCAUGGAGCUAUUUUGCCUCAGGACUGGACAAUGAAGGUGCUUCAGUGAGAGACAAGAGGCAGCAGUUCCUGGGAACAGGAACAAGCAGGUUCAUUCAAUACAGAGAACUCUGCCUCAUAAGCCUUCUUACAACUACAACUAGAAUCAUUAAGUGAAAAAUAAAUAAAAGUUAAAACUGGCACAAAAAAAAAGCUGUGGUUCUACAAAGUACUGCAGGUCACCACUGGAAAACAAAA